AUGUCGUUCAAUCGCUGCAGCCGCCAGGCCUCGAAGCUGCUGGCUGGGAGCUCCCUCAGAGCUUCCGCAACUGGGUCGCGCUCGCAGAGGGUCGCCAGCAUCCAUCCCUCGCGAGUGGCUUCGCAGCAACGAUACGUCUCUGAUGGCCAUGAAGGACAGCAUCAGCUACUCUCCACACACCUCGAAGAGGCCGACCCCACGAUAUAUGCCAUUCUACAGAAAGAAAAACGACGACAGAAGCAUUUCAUCAAUUUGAUUCCGUCCGAGAAUUUCACUUCCCAGGCUGUCCUCGAUGCGCUCGGAAGUGUUAUGCAAAACAAAUACUCCGAAGGAUACCCCGGGGCGAGGUACUAUGGCGGCAACGAGUUCAUCGACGAGGCCGAAUCACUGUGUCAAAAGCGUGCAUUAGAGACUUUCAGAUUAAAUCCUGAAGAAUGGGGCGUCAAUGUCCAACCUUUAUCCGGCUCUCCGGCGAACCUAUAUGCCUACUCGGCUCUGCUCAACACGCACGACCGCCUCAUGGGUCUUGACCUGCCUCACGGCGGACACUUGUCUCACGGCUACCAAACUCCGACAAAGAAAAUCUCGUUCAUCUCGAAAUACUUUGAAACCGUCCCAUAUCGUCUCGACGAGUCGACCGGUCUCAUAAACUAUGACCAGGUGGAAGAAUUGGCCAAUAUAUACCGCCCCAAGCUGAUUGUCGCAGGCACUUCAGCCUACAGCCGGCUUAUCGACUACGCACGCAUGCGCAAAAUUACCGAAUCGAUCGGGGCAUAUCUUCUGAGCGACAUGGCGCAUAUUUCGGGCCUCGUUGCUGCCGACGUCAUUCCAUCUCCGUUCCAAUACUCCGACGUGGUCACUACUACGACGCACAAAUCUCUACGCGGGCCACGCGGUGCUAUGAUCUUCUAUCGAAAAGGUGUCCGUCGCACGGAUAAGAAGGGCAACCAGGAGCUGUACGAUCUCGAGGGUCCCAUCAACGCCUCGGUCUUCCCCGGACAUCAGGGCGGGCCUCACAACCACACCAUCACGGCUUUGGCUGUUGCUCUAGGUCAAGCUCAGAGCAAAGAUUUCAGAGACUACCAACUCACCGUGCUCGAGAACGCACAAGCUCUUGCUGAGCGGCUCGGAAACUCGGUCAACGAUGGCGGGCUAGGCUACAACAUUGUCUCGGGCGGCACGGACAACCAUCUGGUCCUGGUCGACCUGAAGAACCGCGGCGUCGAUGGAGCGCGUGUCGAGCGCGUUCUUGAACUGUGCGGCGUAGCAGCCAACAAAAACACCGUUCCAGGCGACAAGUCAGCGCUGAAGCCGGGCGGUCUGCGUAUAGGCACUCCGGCCAUGACGUCGCGCGGAUUCCAGCCCACCGACUUCCGGCGCGUGGGCGACAUUGUCGAUCGGGCAGUGACUAUUACACAGAAGCUGGACAAGGCAGCGCGGGAAAGUGCCGAGGCCAAGGGGCGCAAAAACCCGGGCAUUCUGAAGGUGUUUAUGGAGUAUGUGGGUAAUGGCGAGGAUAUCUCCGAGAUUGUGCAGUUACGACAAGAAGUGGAGGAUUGGGUUGGGACGUUUAGUAUUCCGUGGAAGGAUGAAUGA